UGAUAACUCCCACUUCGGCAUCGAAGUGGGCCGUUCCCAUUCAAACCCUGCUGCAGUUAUUUAGUUCCUCCCCUUCUUUUCCUCUCACUACGCACUCCCCUAUUGACCCCCUUCUCUCCGUCUUCCUCUAACCCCCUCCGACUUCCUCUCGCAUUCCACGAGAGCAAGAGAGACCAAGCAUGAGCCUCAGAGACCCCCAGGCCACCUUCUCCGACUCCGAUCUCGCCUCCUCCCCCACCAUCGAAGAAGAAGAAGAGGAGGACGGGCGACGGAGCAGGAACGGGAGCGAGACAUCGUCGCUGGGGGUGGUGAGGGCGUCGGAGCCGUCGAGGCACUGGCGGGACGUGUUCUGGCUUUUAGUUUUCUUGGUCCACCUGGCCGCCCUCGGCUCGGUGCUCGCCAUCCUCGGGAUGAACCGGUUCAGGAAGGCGGACCGCCUCAAUAUAGAUCGCUUCACCAACAUCACCGGCAUGGGAAAUGCCAGCCAUCCCCAGGCGCAGACGCGGGGUGAGCUGACGGAGACGUUCUGGCCUUUCUACGGGGUUGCGGGCGGGGUCGGGACCGUGCUGGCGUGGGCGUGGCUUUCGCUUCUGGGCUCCAAGGCAAGUCAGAUGAUGAAGGUUUCCAUCCAUAGCCUUACCACCUAUCUGGCCGUGAUCAGUGUGUUGUGCUUCUGGGGUCAGCACGUCUUCUGGGGGAUUGCUUUCGCGGUCGGCGCCGCCCUGCAGUUCUUGUAUGUGAUGUCGGUGUUAGAUAGGUUUCCUUUCACAAUGCUAGUGUUGCAGAAAGCUGUGAAGAUGGUAUGGGACGUCCCUGAAGUGAUGGGAGUGGCCUAUGCUUUUAUGUUAAUCAUGCUUUGCUGGAUGAUUUUGUGGUCAUUUGGAGUGUCUGGUGUGGUUGCUUUAAGCUUAGAUGAUGGUGGACGCUGGUGGCUUCUUGUGGUUUUCUCAGUGAGUUUAUUUUGGACUGGUGCUGUGCUUUGUAAUACAGUUCAUGUUAUAGUGUCUGGUAUGGUAUUCCUUGUUCUCAUUCAUGGUGGUCGGAGAGCGGCAUCAAUGCCUUCAAAGCCAAUUUUGAAGUCACUACGGUAUGCUAUGACAACUUCUUUUGGUAGCAUUUGCUAUGGUUCACUUUUUACAGCUGCCAUCCGGACACUACGGUGGGAGAUCAGGGGAGUUCGUUCAAAAAUUGGCAACAAUGAGUGUUUGCUUUGCUGUGUUGAUUUUUUGUUUCAUCUUGUGGAGACACUUGUUCGUUUCUUCAAUAAGUAUGCAUAUGUCCAGAUUGCAGUUAAUGGAAAGGGCUUCAAUCGUUCAGCAAGGGAUGCUUGGGAGUUAUUCCAGUCCACUGGGAUUGAAGCACUUGUUGCCUAUGAUUGUUCAGGUGCAGUUCUUCUGAUGGGCAUUAUUUUAGGUGGGCUUAUUACUGGAACAUGUACAGGAAUUUGGACAUGGUUUAAAAAGAGAGAUGAAGUGCUUAUGGUUGGAUCCACUGCUGCAUUGAUGGGAAUGAUCUUGGUGGGGCUAGCAGUGGUAGUCGUUGAAAGUGCAGUCACAUCAAUAUACAUAUGUUAUGCAGAAGAUCCCUCACUAAUUCAAAGAUGGGAUGCCGAAUUCUUCCACCAAAUGGCAGAAGCACUGCACCAGCGGCUACAGUAUCGAAGUGCCCGAGCCAGAGAAGUCAUGAACAGCAGGCUUGAUCAUUUGCCAGAUACACCACCUCUAUGAACAAAAAUGUUGGAUCUAAACAGACGUUCUCAUUCUUAUUCAUUUAUAUGAAGAACUUAUUUUUGUCCAUAAGAGAGCUAGCAAUUGAGGUCUUAAAAUUAGUGGUAUUUAGAUGCCCACUGGUUCAUGGUGUUGAUUGUUCAUCCAGUUAGCUCUCAUGGGUUUUAGCUCGAUGGUGACUGUUCUGGUUCAUCAAUCAAUGGGGCAGUUGCUAAACUACGGCGUCCACCACUGUCAACAAACUUUGCACACCAUCUCCCUUCAGUGCUGCUACAAUUCUUUGGUGGUAAGUUUAUAGGUACUUCCACUGGAUUUCCGGUUGUCACUUUUCUUCCAUAACUGAGAUGCCCAUGCUGCUGACAAAUGAUUAAGAACUAAUUAUGAAUCUCCAUGUGAUAAAAAUAUUUAGCUACAGGUAAAUGAAAAAUAUAUAAAUCAAUAAUUGAUACCAGAGUUGUAAAUCUAAGCUCCUGUUAUUUAUCUUGAUCUGCUAAUUAGUCCACUCAAGAAAGCAAACAUGCAAUAGAGUCAGAUGCAUACAGAUCCAGUUUCUCGCAUCCAUUCUCUAUUGCAUUUGGCAAAGAAAAACAAUUCUGAUCCUAGAAGUAAAUGCUUGAAAUCAACUUUUUUGUUGCAAGAUAAAAUCUGAAGUACUACUGACAAUUUUUUGCCUUGCAUGGUCCAAGGAAAUCA